AUUGGUUACUGCCAGCAGUUCAACAUACCAGCUCAUCUACUAACUCCAGCUACAAUUAAUUAAGGAGAUGUGAGUUAAGCGGGAUUGUGUAUGGAGCCCCUGCUAAACUCCUCACUGAUGGGUGAUAGCCAGGGCUGCUGACUCAACAACUGGUCCAGCAGAUAGUUCUCAGGAGACGGAGAGGUACUGGUAGAUAUUGGCUGCUGCUGAUGCUGACUGGCCGAACUGAAGGAGAGUGGAGCUGAAUGCUAGGAGGCCACACGCCAACACCAACUAAGAAAGGCUGAGUAAGAGGAAUGUAGUCAUUCAGUGAGGGAAUCAGCCUGAGGAGGUACUGGCUGAGUGUAGUGUGUACAAGAGGAAGGCUGGUUGGCUGUAGUAUGCUGGCUAGCAGUGUUGGUGUUCUCUAGUACUCCAAGACCACAUGUCCCUCACUGAGCACAUGGCUAGCCCAAGUUAACACGUCAGGGAACAAACUCUGGCCUUUGAAACUGUCUAAUACUAGUGGGUAUUCUUUACAGUAUACAUCUACACAGUCUGUGUAGUUGAUCAGAGAUAAAACGUACAAACCUGGACCAUUUCGCACCUUUUAUAUAUUUCUUGGUGAUUGACUACUUUGAUGAGAUAUAUGUGUGUGUGUUUGAACGGCACCUUGAAGUGUUGAUGUUGUAUGUAAGGUGUGGUGAGUAAUGGAGGAGCCCUCAGCUGCUGACAUGCACGAACUUAAACAGUCCUGUGAUGGACAGACACAAGUGGACAGACCAGCGGUAGAAGGAGGUGAAGUCACAGCCCACACACCAGAUACCUCCAUGACAAAUGGAGAUGAUCCUAUAGAGCCAGAGACAGAAGGGAAUGAAAGUUGUAACAAUUGCUACCUGGAGCCAGAUCUACUCCGACACCAGCCGGAUGUCAUACUAGAUCAUGAAUGUGAUGUGAAAGAUUUACCCCAGGGCUCAGAUCACAGAGAUUCCACAUCCCUGAGGAGUUUACAUCUGUGUGAUUCCUCUGUUGAGGCUGGUGCUGAUCCAGCAGGCCAGGUAGAAGUUACUGAUGUUGACAGUAAGUUGUCAAGGUAUUCAGAUUUUUCGGACAAGGCAAAUACAGGUACAGAUGUAGUGUGGAAUGGUCUGUCUCCUGAUGUCUGCUCUAACACGUUGCCAGUGCUACCUGUCCAUUCUCAGGACAGUGUGGGGGAUGGAAAUACGUGUAGUUCCGCCUCCAGUCAUAGUAGUACAGGUAUUCAUGACAAGGAUUGUGAUGCUCAUUUUGUCCCUGGGGCUGAAAGUGACCAUGUUACAUGUUCAUCACCUUUGUCUCCUAUCAAAGAAUGUGACAGUAGCAUAUGUGAGGUGUCAAGAUUGUCACAUGAUGAUGUAGUUACUGCAUCACACUGUGAGUCAGAUGAUCAGCUGUUUUCUGUGAAAAACAUGGGUAUGAAGACAUACCUGGAGGAGAACUUAGUGAUGUUUGACUGUCCUGAUGAGGUCAGCACGGAUAGCAGUUGUGUGAAGAAUACCUCAGAGGCUGACCACGACAGUUCUGCACUGUAUGAGGGGCGUGAGGAUAAGGAGUUGGUCUGUGAAGGGGGUAGGGAUAGAGUUGGGAGCCCUGGAAAAGACAGUCCUAUACCCGAUUCAUGGCUGGAGGAGAUGACCCACUAUGACAGCCCCAUCCCGCGUGUCCACAUCCAGCACUCUGACCCUAACCCAGACCUGGACGAUGACUUUGUGGACAACAGAUCAAUAUUUUACCCUGGUAGUAGUGGCAGGUGUUACUCACCUGUGGAUGUACAGGUGAGAAAUGGCGUGAGCUCUUACCUGGAAGAUGAACCCAUGUUCUUUGGUGGACCAGAUGACUCUGGUCAAGAGGUGCAGAGAAUCAGUGUUAUCAACAACCUGCCAGAUCUACUGAGGGACAACCAUGCUGAGUGUAUGCGCAGGGUCGUGCCCAAAGUGCGGGAGGUGUUGCAUGUGGCACAGGCUGAGAUGCAGCUGGCUGCCAGCUCGGCUUUUCUCCAGAUACUGCAGAAGGAACUGGUGCCUAUCCAGAACUACACCCAGACCUUUCUCCAGACCAUACUUAUAAGCGUCGACAGUAAAGACCCAGAUGUGGCCAAUGCCUGGCUAGAAACUCUUCUUGAUGUCAUUGACCUUCUGCCUAAGGAUGUGAUCAAGAAAGAUAUAUUGAGUAUAGCUGUGGCUAAGGGUCAACUGUCACAGUCUGUCCAGGCAAGGCUGGCAUGCAGCAGAAUACUGGGCAAAAUAUCAACAAAGUUUGAGCCGUUUGUGAUAAAGAAGGAGAUUUUGCCAGUGGUACAGUCAAUGUGUCAGGAUAUAGACUAUGAAGUUAGGGGGUGUAUGUGUAGGCAGCUAGAUCCUGUGGCCAGAGGACUUGGAUUGGAGGCGACCAAAAGUGCAAUACUUCCUGAGUUAGUGGAACUGACCAAUGAUGAGGAGAGCCAUGUGCGAAUUGCAGGCUUGGAAACAGUUGUUAAUAUUCUUAGUUUACUUGAUGAUGAAACAUGUAAAAACACCAUCGUACCUCUGGUAUGCAAAUUUUGCCAGCAGUCUGUUUUGUCUCAGGACUCUACUCUGCCUGUAGUGGCCAAGCAGUUUGGGAAACUCUGUCAUGGGCUGUCAAUAAAUCUGAUGGAUGACCAGAAGCUGUGGUUCAUGGAUUACUACAGACAGUUGUGUAGAGUGGGAUUAUCAGACAAGGCAAAGUCAAAGGAGGCAGAACCUAGCUCUCCUUCUAUAAAGGUUAAUUUGAUGGGGAUGGAUAUGUUUGAUGAGGAAGAUAAAACCACAGAGUGUCGACGGCAUGCGGCAUUUAACUUCCCAGCCUUAGUAAUGUUUGCAGGUGCCAAGUCUUUCAAAUCAGAGCUCUACUUGACAUUCUCCCAGUUGUGUACUGACCCCAACCUGUCGGUGAGGAAAACUGUGGCUUCUGGCCUCCACGAGGUGGCUGGGAUUCUUGGUGUGAAUGUGAGUGUUUUACAGCCAGACCUGAUGAGACUACUAAAAGACGAAUCUGCUGAGGUCUUGAAAGGUGUUGUAGCUCAUCUACCACAGACUUUAGAACUCCUUGCAAGGGCUGGAGGACCCACCAUAACAGAAUCAAAGAUGAAUCAUCUUGCUGAUAUCAUUCCCGCACUCUUGGCAGCAGAGAAAGUCAUUUUUUCCUCCAAUAACUGGAGACUUCAGGAAGAGUUGAUGACUAAUUUGUCCUGUCUUCCAAAGUGUUUUACAAGUGAUGCUAUAUUUUCUAGAAUCAUUCCAAUGGUCUACAAGAAUGUUCAGAAAGCGAGAGCACUUCCUGUUCGAAGAGCAGCUGGCAGAACAUUACUUAUACUUUCUAGGAAUAUUAAAAGAUUAGAACAGAGGGAAGAAUGUUACACAAAUAUAAUAGAAGAUUUCUGUCACAGUUCCAGCUGUUACCAGAGGGGCUUAUUCAUCGACUUGUGUAAAGUUGUGAUUGAAAUCUACUCAAAACAGUUUUUCAAAGAACAUUUUUAUGAGGCUGUGUUAGAGUUGUCUGUGGACCCUGUACCAAAUAUACGACUCAAACUCUGUUCAAUACUGCCUCAGUUGAAGAAAGUUGUGAAGGUGCCGAGUGACCGAGCAUUAUUGCAACAGUUAGAAACAUGUGUGCGGAAACUCCUGAUUAACGAGAAAGACAAAGAUGUCAAUGCUUGUGUGAAACAGGCUGUAGAAGAGUUGGAUCGGAUACAUGUACAAAUGGAAACUAUUAAAAAGCGAAUGUUUUUUGAGGAAGACAUUGCUGAUGAGAGAAAAGAGGAAGAAGAGAAACGGUUGAUAGAGCAGGAGGAAAGGGAACGGAAAGAUGAGGAAGCCAAACCUAAAAGUGACAAGAAGAAAGAUGCGUCUAAAAAAGACAACUGUAGCAGUAAAAUCCCGUCUCCCAGGAGAGUCUCCACGGGGGGGAAGGCAACAGGCUCAAGUAGCAGAGAAAAGAUCGGUUCAGCAGGGAGAGACUUGAAGAAAACCCCCAGUACCACCAGUACUGUGACAGGGACAACAAGUAGCACAAGGAACAAGCUAAAGCAUCGGUCCCUGUCUGGUCCCAUCAGUCCCGUGACCGGGAACCCGCUAAGCCGAGGAGCCCGCUCCAACUCCUCCACAACUCUUCACACCUCCCACAUUCCCCGCAGAGCCACAGUGGCAUCACAGAACGGAAGCACAUCCACAGCAAAAGUUAAUCGAAUUAAUGCCACAAGCCCCGUGCCUUUCCUGCAUGAUCCAGAUGAGCCCUGGCUUCCCAUGCUGAUGUCAGUUCCACAGGCUGACAGUAAAAUUCCUGUCCCCUAUUCUCUCUCCUCUCCAUACACAGGUAUAUCCAAAUCUCCAAUGCAAAGUCUGCAGGUCGUUCUAAUGCUGUUGUCAGCUCUGCAUCCACUGCCAAUAAGUAAGUAG